AUGGUUUAUAUGAAACUUCCAUUAGAUAUUUCAUCAUCAUCAAAUAUUCGACAUUCAAUAUAUAAUCAUGUUUCACAUAUUACUGGUGGUGAUGCUGAUAGUUUAACAAGUGAUUUUUAUCAUAGUGCAAAUGAUCCAUUUAAUGUUCGUGAUGCAGAUGAAACAUCAACAGUAGGUUCACAUGAUAGUGGCAAUGGCUUUGAUUUAAAUAAUGAUGAUCAAGUAACUGAUCUUGUACUUAGUUUUGUUAGAAAAUUUGUUGAUAAAAGGGUGUGGGUAGGUGUGGGCAGUGGCAGGCCAGCAUUCCAAAUAUAG